ACUUCCAGCAAGUUUGGACAAAGACGAUUGCGGACAUAAUCAAGGCGUGGAAAGUUUUAAAUGGACUGAUGUUGGACUCAUGAAGAUAGCCUGGGCUUAUGAAUUUUAUUGAAACUGUAUAGUAUUUUUUUUAGGAAGUCUGAUAACCAUGGAUGCCGAGGAUUUAUUUUAUUUUAUUUUGAACCACUGCUUGGACUAAGAACAAAAAUGUGACCACCUGCGUUUUAUCCAACACUUUCUUCUUUUUAUAAUAAAAGUAGUGUUUUUAAGUCUAACUCCUCUUUGACGAGAAAGGAAGGAUCGUUUGAAUUUUGUCUGAAUGACGAGUCUAAAAGAAGAGCAUUAAUGGAUUGAAAUAUUCUACUUUCAGCUUCAAGUGAAAAAGUGCCUCAAGCAAGGUCGGGAGAUGUGUGAAGAAGUGUGACGGACGGCCAUGGGACUGGAGAGACGGUGGCUUCCGGCUGUCACCACUGCUGUAGCCAUCUGUCUGCUAAGUGUGUCUCAAGGCGUGGCAUCCUUGGUUCGUGCCAGAGAGGGGGGCUCUGCGGAACUGAGCUGCAAUCUGAGUCCUACAUCCAAAGAAGCCACCACCCCAAACCUCUUUCCUCUGCAUGUGGUGGAAUGGGUGCGCCUUGGUUACAACGUUCCCAUCCUCAUCAAAUUUGGAGUGUAUGCUCCUCGAGUUCAUCCAAACUACAAGGGCCGUGUGUCUCUGACUGAGGGUGCCUCUCUGCGGGUGGAUCGGCUGACCCUGGAGGACGAGGGCUGGUUCGAAUGUCGCAUCCUGCUCCUCGACAGCAAAAAAGACAACUUUAGAAACGGCACAUGGACCUUCCUCUCCAUCACAGCUCCACCUGUGUUUAUCAAGACACCACCAACUUUUGUGGAGGUUCUGCUCGGAGACUCACUGACUCUCAGCUGUGGAGCCCAUGGCAACCCUCGACCAACUGUUGUCUGGCAUAAAGAUGAGAGUCAAAUUGAGAAACAUGAAAAAAUAAAAGUACUCAAUGGUACCUUGUCUUUGGCCUCUGUUGAGAGAAAUAUUUCAGGAGUGUACAAAUGUCACGUGUCCAACUCGGAGGGAAACCUCACCCACUCCAUGCAGCUGCAGGUCAAAGGACCUCCAAUCAUCAUCAUCUCCCCAGAGGACACCACUCUCAACAUGUCCCAGGAUGCAGUUCUGCAGUGUCAGGCUGACGCCUACCCUUCUAACCUCAGCUAUGAGUGGUUGAAACAAGGACAGAAUGUUUACCAUAUAGAGUCCCUAAAGUCCAGAGUGAAGGUUUUGGUGGAUGGAACACUUCUUAUCCCUAAUCUCAUCCCAGAGGAUACUGGCAACUACACCUGUAUCCCAACUAAUGGGUUACUGACCCCACCCUCAGCCUCUGCACGUCUGAAAGUGAAACAUCCUGCACGUGUGGUUCGAAUGUCCCGGGAAACGUACUUGCCUUCGGGCAUGGAGGGGGUCAUCAUCUGCCCGGUCCAGGCUGAUCCCCCUGUGCUGUAUGUCAACUGGACCAAAGAUGGGAACUAUCUGAAUCUUGACAACUUUCCAGGUUGGAUAGUGAACUCCGAGGGCUCUGUUUUUAUAGCAACAGCCAAUGACAACGCUGUAGGCAUGUACACAUGUACACCCUAUAACAGUUAUGGCACCAUGGGAAAGUCUGAACCCACCAAGGUCAUUUUGCAGGACCCGCCAUCGUUCCAAGUGUCUCCUCGGUCUGAGUAUCUCCAGGAGGUGGGCAGAGACUUGAUCAUCCCCUGUAAAGCCAGUGGAGACCCCACUCCAAACAUAACGUGGAGUAAGAUUGGCCCUACUCCUCGCUCCAUGUACACUGUGUUGGCUAACGGCUCCCUCCUGCUGCAGCCGCUCAGUAAAGAUCACCAUGGUGGCUGGGAGUGUUUGGCCACUAAUCGUGUAGCGACCGUCAGUGCAGGCACUGUGAUCAUGGUGCUUGGCACCAGUCCUCAUGUUGUGUUAUCAGUAUUUGUCAUCACGGAGAUGAAUCAGGCCAACGUGUCCUGGGUGCCUGGCUUUGAUGGUGGAUACACCCAGAAGUACACUGUAUGGUUCAAACAGGCAUCCAGAGGGAAACAUGAAUGGGCGUCUUUGCCUGUGCCGACAUCCAAAAACUACCUGCUGGUGACUGGACUUCUUGCUGGCACUGGCUAUCAGUUCAGCAUCCUACCUCAGAAUAAACUCGGCUCUGGACCUUUCAGUGAAAUUGUUUCUGUACGAACAGAAGCUGUGCCUACAGAAGCACCUACAGCCUUCACCACCACUCUCCCAAUCCUGGAUCCUCCAAUAUUCCUGUCAGCCAACCGCACAGACCAAGGUGUUCUCCUCCAGUGGUCGCCUCCUGAUGCUCCAUCUUCUCCGCUGACGGGCUACGUGCUGCAGGCCCGCAGGGAUCAGGGCCAGUGGGUCAUCCUCAGCAGCAUCAUCGGUGCCAAUCAGAGUGAACUACUUUUACAAGGACUGCUAAGGGACUCCAGUUAUGAUCUGAGACUGAUGUCUUGCAGCAACAAAGUUCUCAGUGAACCAAGUGACUCCGUCAAUGUAUCCACCACAGGGAUGGAGAUUUACCCGCUGCGCCCAAGUUUCUUGGAGUUCAUCCCUGAGCCCCUGUUGGCUGGUGUGUUAGGAGGAGUGUGCUUUCUGUUUGUGGCCAUCAUCCUAUCGUUGGUGACCGCAUGCUACAUGAGUCAAAGGAGACAGCGUCGGCGCAGAAAGAGAAGACAAGAUCUCCCAUCUGCCCUCCAGAAGAGCUCAUCUCCAGCAGCUCGCUCACCUCCUCGUAGCCCAGACAGUGUCCUAAAGCUGAAGCUGUGUCCGCAGCUUCCCUUCUUCCCCAACUCCUCCUCACAGUCCGAUCGGUCGUCCUUUGAUAAAGGCAGCCGUGGGGAAUACCACGACCAGCGGAAACAACUCCUGUCCAACUCUUCUCCGCCGCCACAUUACACACUCUUUGAGAGUCACCUGGGCUCCCAGGCUCUUUCAUCAACUGCUCUGGAGUCCAUCUCCAGAGGCCCAGAUGGACGAUUCAUUGUCCAACCACUACAAGAGGGUUGUAGUCCCUCGAAUAAGAGAAACUUGAAGAAGGAGGUCCUGCAAAUGAAUGGUGGGCCAAGUGGCUUAGGGAGCAACAGGACAUCAUUUAGGGACUCUCCAAAGUCAAGUAUCUUGAGCUCAGAGAAGGACGAGAGGAAGGAUUCUCCUCUCACUGUGGACGUCCCAGAGCUGAGCAGACCUCCUUCCUCUCCUGGAAGAGUACGGGCCAUGGCCAGAAACUUCUCCCGUCACGGCUGCUUUUAUUCUGACGAGGAAUAUGGCUCCGAGGCUCUAUUGGAAAGAGCCAGCUUCUAUUCAGACAACAGUGAGAAAAAACCCAGUGAUUCUCUCAGGAGGUAUCGCAUGCCGUCGGGCCACACUGAAGAUAUGUUCCCAAGUUUGGGAAGGAGAACAAAGCUGCUGGAUAGAGACGGAGACAGACCACACCAUUCAGGCUACCAGCCUAUGGAGAGUCAGCUGACAAAUAACAGCACCAUGGUCUCACAACUUGACAGUCAGCUGGAGAGCAAUAGUAUUAACAAGUGUGUCCAACUGGCAAAGGAGAGAGAAGAAAUGGAGAGGGAGCUGCAGAGCUAUACAGCCGACCAAAGAGGUCGUGGGAGAGACGAGCGACAGUCUAAUAGGACAAAAAGGCCUCAAAGCGACUCACCCAAGUCAAAAGAAGAGCCUGUAUGGAAGCCACAAGAUGUUACCAUCAGACCGAAACACAGACCCUCGGAUCAGACCAGUCGGGUAUCUGACUAUCGGAGGGCGUGCUACUUUGGGAACACUAGCAGUCCCAUGGACCGGCUCCCUACGUCUCACAUACAGUGGGACAUUAGCCCUGUUACAUCAGUCACCAGCCACAUUCCUGUACAGAGGCCCCGGGAGACCACAUCGCCAAGAUCACAGCAUGCACGCAGGGAAACCACAGAGGACUCUCUUGCUGUUGAUUCCUCACGCUCUCCGGUCACCCAGAACACCUCCCUCCCUAUGCUCUCCCCUAACGUCACCUCAGAAAGUCCCCCUAUCUUAUGUCUAGAAACACCAGACAGAGCGAAGUCAUUGAGUCCUCUGAGACAGCCAGAUAGAUGCAGGAAGUCCAUGACUGAGCAGGGCUUUAAGGAAAAGACACAGGACGGAGGUGUUGCUUCAAGGUCCAGACAUUCAUAUACUUAUGCCAGCACUCAGCCCUGGGAGUCAGCUGCCAGAGGUCCUACAGUUGAUGGUGAGAGGCCUGAAUGUUCGACCUCUGCACCAUAUAAUCAGCUUGAAAAUGACUACACAGCCACAAGGGAUCCCAGCCCAUCAAGUUAUUCUACAUUACCAUAUGAACAUCAUGAAGUAGGGACAAAGGUCAAAGAAAAAGCCUGUGAUGACCGACGCAGUUCAGGGUUAGAGAGAGAGGGUGUGCGAACGCGCUCCAGGAGAAGUGACAAAUGUCUCUUCUCCGAUAGUCCAAGCCCUAUUUCAACAUUGACACUUGUAGAAGAGGUCGAGAGUGACCAGUCUCAAUUCUCUGUCCCUGGAAUGUCAGGGUCCUUCAAGGCCAAGCCUGCAGCUCCAUCUCCCCAAAUGUCCCCACUGCAGACAAGUGCAAUUCUUGAAUACCUGAGCCUUCCAGGUUUUAUUGAAAUGAGUGUAGAUGAACCUGUCGAAGACGCUGCGGUCACAAACACCCCUGGACAAAGUUCAGAGCUAAAGACAGAAAAAUCCCCGGGAGGUAAGCCUGAUGUAGUUCCUAGAAACUGGGAGGUUCAUGUUCAGGAAACCCAGGCAACACCCUCGAACCACCAUUCUGCGGGUGCUGCAGAGGCCAGCUGUUAUGAUGGUAAAAAACAUAAACGCUCCCUCCCCCAUGUGGAAGCGAGAGAUUCUUCACACAGAGUAAGAUUUCCAGAUGAGAUAAGACCGUCGUCACCUGGUCCAGAAAAAACUAGCAAGCAGCUCUAUAGUGAGAAAACACAAAUUCGAGUCGGGAACAAAAGCACAGACAGACCUGAAUCCAGACUUGGAUCCAUGUCAGCUCAAACCUUGUUCAGUGCAGCUAGAGGAAUGGCAGAUAUAGUGUCAAAACACUCACAGAGUUUUUUAGGCAGUAGUGAGUCUUUAUUAGAGCAACCCCAAAGACAUGCUUCUCAGGGCAGCAGGACUAAUAACAUUGCAUCACGAAUAAGUCAAGCCCCUGUGCCAUUUCUAAAGAAGUCCUUAAGCAUAGGGCCUUGUAGGACGCUCUCAGGUAUGGGACAGCCUCGUCCUUUCCUAAAGAAAUCCAUCAGUUUAGGCUCACACAGGUGGGAGCACUUCGAGAGCCCGAGGACAUAUGUUUCUGAGAAAUGUUACUGGGACGAGUUCCCAAACCCAGAUGUCAGAGUGAAGUCCUACAGUUUAGGUCGCAGUCCGCCUUCCCUUCCCCGGCCAGGCCCCUCCUGGAGGGAGUAUGUCCCAUUCAGACGGCCCAGCAUGGGGAGCUUAGAGAGGCAUCACCACGCACAGAGAUCUUUAGCUAGUCCUUCCUACCUCACUCCUUCCAUGUACCCACCCAGACAAACCUCAAUGUCCCCAAUGCUGGAACCCAUCGAUCCAAGACGGCAAGCCACUGUUUUCCCAGAGUCCUCCAGGUGGUCUCCCUCUUAUCAAGAUGCAAUGAGGUCUGCCCCGCAUAAAUAUGUCCCCAUGCCCUCUUCCAUCCCUGUCCCCCAGCACCAAUACUGGCCAGGAUCCAGAGUGGAAAGCAUGAGACCCAUGGACCCCAGCAGGGGCCCUCCGAGGUCCUACCUGCCCAGGGGCGUCAGCUGGCCCUCACCUUACUACGCCCCCUUUCCACCUAGAGAGGCAGAGAGUUACAGGCAGCCAGACAGGAUGAUGAGGAGGGGAGGGGAGACAGAGAUCCGGGAGGGAGGGAGGACCAGUUAUGCGAGUCAGAGCAGUGGGAGAGGUAGCGCCGGUCUCUUUCGACAGUCUCUGUCAAUCACUCCCACGCUGCUCAGCUCCCCCGAAACCACAGAGGAAAGCGAGCGGCACAGAGCUGAGAAGGAGCUGCCUGAGAGGAGAGCGAAAAGAAGGAACACAUCAGUAGAUGAGAGUUAUGAGUGGGACUCUGCUGAUGCGUGUGUGGACUCAGAGGUCCUGGAGGCCAUGAGCUUUGAUCCGUCACAAACAGGUUUUCUUAGAGGCAAGUCGGAGCUCAGAUAUGAUCAAGCUGUUGGCCUCCAGGACCAGCGACAGAAAGGCCCGUGUCCCUCAGUCAGCCCGCCAGUUUCCAUCCUACCUCGCUGCCAGUACAGCCACUCCCUAAGUGAGGCGCGCUUCAACGCUCUCCGCCAGGAGUACCAGCAGUACAGGCAGGCUCAGGAAUCCACCUGUUCCCGCGAGCCCUGCCUCCGCCCUGGCCACGGUUCAGACUCUGACUCCGGCUCAGCGCUGCUCUAGCAGCUUAACUCGAUGUAUUUAAGACAGACACCAAAAAGCAGUUUUAAUGAACAGACGACAGCACUCUGGUCCGGGACACUGCCACACCUCACUGAAGCUCUCGUGUGUUUUAAGUUUCUGUCCUGUGUUACAGGAGACUAAAGCAAAGCAAUUUAAAGAGACAACCAUAUGUUGUAUGCCAUCAAAUGUGACUGCAACUCCUCAGUUGUUAUCAGAUGACAUAUUCUUUUUCUUGUACUUGUUCCAUUGUGCUUUGCAUAAUGAAGGGAUUAUUUAUUUUCCUAAGAAGCUUGUGCAUCUGGAUUUUGGGAUGUUUCCUUAUUUCAAACCUUGACAAUCAGGCACACGGGGCCCCUUUGAAAAGAUUAAAUGCACAUCCUUCACUAAGGCAGGUUUACAGUUGAGAACGACCUGCUUUAUAAAGCAGCAGCAGUUCAUGUCUAUUGCGUCGCAGACUUCCCUUUAAUAAUAAAGGGUUGCUAAUGACAAUUAUGUAGGUCUGUGUCUAAGAUAACAUCAGUUUGUGGAAAUGUCCGUAUCUAAUGUUACCAAUCAAACAGUGCUCGAAGCAUUUUCACCACCGUCUCCUCUGAAUAUGACAAGCGUACUUAAAUAAUAAUACUUAAAGAUCAGUUCAUGAUACCUUACAAUAAUUUACUCUUAAAUAAAGAAGAAGCUGUUUGUUAUUUGCCACUGUGGUUUUCCUGUUGGUUCCCGUUUUAUACAUAAUAUAUUUCACAAUAACGUUUCCCUGUUGUGACUUUAUGAAUCAAAUCACUUCGAAUAGCCUCCCAGUAUCUGUCCAACAUGUACAAAUGUUUAUAUCUUAAUGGGAAUGAACCCUGCUGUUUUGUAUAUUCCACUUCCUCAUUUCAUCAGAUGAGAAGAUGCUACUUUACUCCACCCGAAUGGGUCAAACCUCGUCUCUGUGAUUAAAUGACAGAUACAGUAAAACUUGAUAAGAAACACAGGGGGAAAUUAUUUUUGCCUUAUUUUUGUUAAUGUCACAAGCACGCACUAGUUGAUUGACCACGAAAGGUUUGAGCUGACAACCUAAAAUCAAAACUGAUCAGAGGAUUCAACAUGAUUUGAAAAGUUGUACUUUUUAUACACAAGUUUUGCUCACAUGUUGAGUAUUUCUGUAUAUUUAUGCAGGUGAGUUAUGAUAUGCAACAAUGUUUACAAUUCACUUCAUGGAUGUGAAGCAACACUGUGAAUAUUUCAUCGACUUCUGAUUCUGUAUUUGAAUUGCUGUGAAGUCUGUAAUGAAUUUUGUGCCCAUUAGCCUACUUUUUUUGUUUUUUACUGAAGAAAUGAUGAGAGCUGUUUUUAUUACGUCACCUGACAGACAGAGAUUUAAAUAAUAUCUUUGUAGCUAAGACUCAAGAUUUGUACCAUAUUUACUUAGAUAACCCAGAUGAAAGUGUUCAUAUGGAGUGAGUAUGCAUUUCUGAUGAUGGUUUUGGAAGUUUUGUACAAACUGGAAAUUUUUAUAUCUUGCCACGUGGUUGUUUUUGUCAUUUUUAUAUGUUUGUAAUGAAUAAAUUGUUUUAUU